CCAUUCCGGUCGCCUUUCCUCACUUGACCGGCCAAGAUGUUGAGUGGUGUAUCGAAGGCAGCCGCUGGAGCCCUGAGGGCCGUCAAACCUGCCCUUCUCCAAAAUGAAGUCUCCAAAGUAUCCGGAGUUCUGUCCGUAAACAGUAGGGAUUAUGCAAAAGCUGCAAGUGCAAAGGGUGGUGCCCAAGGAAGGGUUGUUGCUGUCAUUGGUGCUGUUGUUGAUGUACAAUUUGAUGAUUACUUGCCACCAAUUCUUAAUGCCUUGGAGGUUCAAAAUCGUACCCCCAGGCUAGUCCUUGAAAUUGCUCAGCAUCUGGGAGAGAAUACAGUGCGCACCAUUGCUAUGGAUGGUACUGAAGGUUUGGUUCGUGGCCAGACUGUCUUGGAUUCUGGAUAUCCUAUCCGUAUCCCUGUCGGUGCUGAAACCUUGGGUCGUAUCAUCAAUGUCAUUGGUGAACCAAUCGAUGAGCGUGGACCCAUCCCCACUGACAAGCUUGCCGCUAUCCAUGCGGAUGCUCCUGAGUUUGUGGAAAUGUCUGUCGAACAGGAAAUUCUGGUAACUGGUAUCAAGGUGGUUGAUCUUCUUGCUCCCUAUGCCAAGGGUGGAAAGAUUGGUUUGUUCGGCGGUGCCGGUGUCGGUAAAACCGUAUUGAUUAUGGAGCUGAUCAACAACGUAGCGAAAGCUCAUGGUGGUUAUUCCGUGUUUGCUGGUGUGGGUGAGCGAACACGCGAGGGUAACGAUUUGUACCAUGAAAUGAUUGAAUCUGGUGUCAUCUCGUUGAAGGAUAAGACCUCCAAAGUAGCUCUGGUAUACGGACAAAUGAACGAACCACCAGGCGCUCGUGCUCGUGUCGCGUUGACUGGUUUGACCGUCGCUGAAUAUUUCCGUGAUCAGGAAGGUCAGGAUGUGCUGCUCUUCAUUGAUAACAUUUUCAGGUUUACCCAAGCUGGUUCGGAAGUAUCAGCUUUGCUGGGUCGUAUUCCAUCCGCUGUCGGUUACCAACCAACCUUGGCAACUGAUAUGGGUAGCAUGCAGGAACGUAUCACGACAACCAAAAAAGGAUCCAUUACCUCUGUACAGGCUAUUUACGUGCCUGCCGAUGACUUGACUGAUCCCGCACCUGCCACCACAUUCGCUCACUUAGACGCAACCACUGUGUUGUCUCGAGCUAUCGCUGAGCUUGGUAUCUACCCCGCUGUCGAUCCUCUCGACUCCACUUCCCGUAUUAUGGACCCUAAUAUCAUCGGUACUGAGCAUUAUAACGUUGCUCGUGGUGUGCAGAAGAUUUUACAAGAUUACAAAUCACUUCAAGAUAUCAUUGCUAUCUUGGGUAUGGACGAAUUGUCCGAAGAAGACAAACUUACUGUAGCCCGUGCCCGUAAGAUUCAGAGGUUCUUGUCUCAACCAUUCCAGGUUGCCGAAGUGUUCACUGGCCAUGCCGGUAAAUUAGUACCGUUACAAGAAACUAUUAAAGGAUUCCAGAAAAUCUUAGGUGGAGAUUAUGAUCAUCUUCCGGAAGUAGCGUUUUACAUGGUUGGACCGAUUGAAGAAGUAGUAGCAAAGGCAGAAACGUUGGCCAAACAAUAAGCCAUAACACAGUCAUCGUAAUCAUGUCAUUAAUAAAUAAAUUAAAACGAUCUUCUAAUAU